CAGCCGGGUUGCGUCACGUGCGUCGGUCGCGCUCGCGCGCGGCCCUGCGCCUUUGCCGGAAGUCCCAGGGAAAAAUAGCAGCUCAGCUGUUGUGAGCUGGCAGCUGUGGUGGUGGUGUUGUCGGGGGCAGCGGCAGAGCGGAGGGGCUCCUCCUUGGUGCCCGCGGCGAAGGUGCUUACGCCGCCGCCCACCCCCCUCCCCUGCACCCCCAGGGGCAGAAAAGAGAAGGGGGCGGAGCUGCGACAUCGAGUAAAUUGACAGCCGCCGGAACGUCGCCAAGAUGUUGCCUACCACUUCUGUUAAUUCUCGGAAUCAGGGCAAUGGAGCUUUAAACUCUAGGGAUGCUGCAAGGCACACAGCCGGGGCCAAACGCUAUAAAUACUUGCGGAGGCUGCUCCACUUCAGGCAGAUGGACUUUGAGUUUGCUGUGUGGCAGAUGCUAUAUCUAUUCACUUCACCACAGAGAGUUUAUAGAAACUUUCACUACAGAAAACAAACAAAAGAUCAGUGGGCAAGAGAUGACCCUGCUUUCCUUGUGUUGCUGAGUAUCUGGUUGUGUGUAUCCACUAUAGGAUUUGGCUUUGUAUUGGGCAUGGGAUUUGUGGAAACUAUUAAGCUGCUGCUUUGGGUCGUGUUUAUAGAUUGUGUAGGUGUUGGCCUCCUAAUUGCAACUUUAAUGUGGUUCAUCACAAAUAAGUACCUGGUAAAACAUCAGAGCAGGGACUACGAUGUGGAGUGGGGAUAUGCCUUUGAUGUUCAUUUGAAUGCUUUCUAUCCACUUCUUGUCAUACUGCAUUUCAUACAGCUGUUCUUCAUUAAUUAUGUGAUUGUUUUGGAAUCGUUUAUUGGCUAUUUCGUUGGAAAUACUUUGUGGCUGAUUGCAAUUGGCUAUUACAUCUAUGUGACAUUCCUAGGGUACAGUGCAUUACCUUUCUUGAAGAACACAGUCAUCCUGCUGUACCCGUUUGUGCCUCUCAUCUUGCUUUAUGUGGUUUCAUUAGCCAUGGGAUGGAACUUCACUCAAACACUUUGUUCUUUCUACAAGCUAAGAGUGAAAUAAACCAGACUCCUUAUAAGAAAAUUGGUUGCUUGUUUUUGCCUCUUGUACGAUUGUCAAUAUAGGUAAGAUUAAUAUACUUGUAAAUUACUGUAAAUAACUUCACUGUAGACCAGUGUGUACAGAGUACUUGGGUUUUAAAAAUGUAUUUACAGCUGCAGACUUCUGGCAAUUCUAUUCUGCUGCAUUCCCUAAAGGACAAAAGUGUACAUUUGUGUAAUAAAUAUUUUUUAACAGA